ACAGUACAAGACAGAGACCCAACCCCCGCACCCACCAAACCAAACCAAGCAACUACAGCUACAACUACAAGCAGUUCAUGCAUUGAAGCUUAAGAAAACCCAACCAAUAAGCCAUACCUGUCGGCAAGCCAACAGCAUUCGACACAACCAAUGAAAUAAUAGAGAGAAAGAGAGAGACUUUAGCCGGCCAGGAGAUGUCGUACUGAGUCUGCCAGUGUUCUACGGGGAGUUAAAGAGGGAGGGCCACAAGCUCUCUAGUGAGGCAAAGAGAGAGGAAGAGAGAAUUCAGCUUCGGGAGUCAAAGCUUAGUAGUACUGGCGGUUUAAGGUUUUUGGGGUCCAAUGUUGGUCCAAGAGCGUUCAACUCCGAAGUCUCCAAAAUCCCAGAUCAGAGACAGAACCCGGCCCGCGCUCCGCCCCAAUCGCUUCUCGGAGGCCAAAAGCCUCGACUUCUCCACAUGGGUCUCCGAGAAUCUCUACAAGAUCUUCACCGUCUUGCUCCUCAUCGCUACCGUCGCCGCUCUAUUUUUCCUCCGCAAUGUCGGCGACACUGCCUCCCUUCUCUGCUUCGAAACCCAGUCCAAGAACCUCGAGAAGAUCGAAUUCCCACAAGUUAACUGGAAUUCCAUCGCGCCCGUCACUGACAAGUCCUCUCCCUACGCGAAUUUCAGAACCGAGCAGUGGAUCGUUGUCUCAGUGUCCAAUUAUCCCAGCGAUUCGCUCCGCAACCUCGUCAAGAUCAGAGGCUGGCAAGUCCUCGCAAUCGGGAACUCCAAAACACCUUCCGAUUGGGGCCUAAAAGGUGCCAUUUUUCUGUCUUUGGAACAGCAAGCUAGUUUGGGUUUUCGUGUUGUGGAUUUUCUUCCUUAUGAUUCGUAUGUUAGGAAGACUGUUGGAUACUUGUUCGCGAUCCAACACGGUGCGAAGAAAAUCUACGACGCUGAUGAUCGCGGUGAUGUGAUUAAUGGGGAUGUAGGUAAGCAUUUUGAUGUAGAAUUGGUUGGGGAGGGUGCUAGACGAGAGGUUAUAUUGCAGUAUAGCCACGACAACCCAAAUCGAACCGUUGUAAACCCGUACAUCCAUUUCGGGCAGCGAUCGAUUUGGCCCAGAGGGCUACCACUGGAGAACGUGGGUGAAGUUGGACAUGAAGAGUAUUACACUGAAGUAUUUGGUGGAAAGCAGUUUAUUCAGCAAGGGAUCUCGAAUGGGCUGCCUGAUGUUGAUUCCGUGUUUUACUUUACGAGAAAAUCAGGUUUGGAAGCGUUUGAUAUUAGGUUUGAUGAGCAUGCCCCAAAGGUGGCUUUACCGCAGGGAAUAAUGGUGCCCGUUAAUUCUUUUAAUACAAUUUACCAUUCAGCAGCAUUUUGGGGGUUGAUGCUUCCUGUUUCCAUUAGCUCAAUGGCUUCUGAUGUAUUGAGAGGAUAUUGGGGACAAAGACUUUUGUGGGAAAUUGGUGGUUAUGUUGUGGUUUACCCCCCUACGGUGCAUCGGAAUGAUAGAACUGAGGCAUACCCAUUUUCAGAAGAGAAGGAUCUUCACGUGAAUGUAGGUCGUUUAAUUAAGUUCCUGGUUUCAUGGAGAUCAAAUGAGCAUAAAUUUUUUGAAAAGAUUUUGCAAUUAAGUUUUACAAUGGCAGAGGAGGGCUUUUGGACUGAUAAGGAUGUAAAGUUUACUGCUGCCUGGCUUCAGGACUUGCUUGCAGUUGGUUACAGGCAGCCUAGGUUAAUGUCAUUGGAAUUGGAUAUGCGACGAGCAAAUAUUGGUCAGGGGGAUAGGAAAGAAUUUGUACCACAAAAGUUGCCAUCUGUUCAUCUUGGGGUUGAGGAAACAGGGACAGUGAAUUAUGAGAUUGCGAAUUUGAUUCGGUGGAGGAAGACUUUUGGGAAUAUUGUGCUUAUUUUGUAUUGCAGUGGGCCUGUGGAACGUACUGCACUUGAAUGGAGAUUGCUUUAUGGUCGAGUCUUCAAAACAGUAAUUAUUUUGUCAGGACAGAAGAACCCAGACCUUGCUGUUGAAGAGGGCCAAUUGGAGCAGCUAUACAAGCACCUGCCUAAGAUUUUUGAGAGAUACACUAGUGCAGAAGGAUUUUUAUUUCUUCAGGAUGAUACCAUUCUUAAUUACUGGAAUCUGGUGCAGGCAGAUAAGACUAAACUGUGGAUCACCAAUAAGGUUUCCAAGUCUUGGACUACUGUGUCAGCAAGUGACAACUCCGAUUGGUUUUCAAAACAAGCAGACUUUGUAAAGAAGGUUGUUAGCACCAUGCCAGCUAACUUCCAGGUCAGCUAUAAAGAAAGCAUAACAAAUGCACAGAGCGUCAGAAUAUGCAGUUCUGAAGUAUUCUACAUUCCCCGGCGCUUUGUAGCUGAUUUUGUCGAUCUUGUUAAUCUGGUGGGCAGUCUAGGAAUCCAUCAAAAGGUUGCAGUACCCAUGUUCUUUGUAUCGAUGGAUUCACCACAGAAUUUUGAUCCUGUGCUUGAUACAAUGAUCUACAAGCGAAAUGCGCCUACGAAUGAUUCUUCAACCCUAUAUUCCGCUCUAGUACCUGCAGUGCAUCCUUGGAACGUGUCAAGCGAACAAGAUUUCAUAAAGUUGAUCAGAAUAAUGGCAGAAGGUGACCCUCUCCUAAUGGAGUUAGUCUAAAGGUGAUUUGAUUUGAUUUGAUAUGGACAUAACAGCAGGAGAGAUAGAGAGAGGAAGCAAGAAAUAUCCACUUUUGUUAGCUGCUACACCAAACUCUGUGUCUUUUUUUCUUUGUAGGGGGAGGGAAUGUCUUUCUUUUCCUUUCCUUUUUUUCCAUUUAUGUAUAUUUGCCUUGUACGAUUCAUUAUUUGAUUGAAGAUCCCUUCACAGAAAAUUGUAAUCUUUUUUCCAUUUGCUGGUGAAUAUUUGAAAAGAGAAAUGUAUUUAACACUGACCAUCAAAGUUUUUGAUUGAGAUGGUUCAGAUUCUUGUAAA